AUGCACGGAGCAAAGAAUAAAGCCGUUGAACCGACGAAGACGGCAGGCACUCCAGCGGCCUCACUGGGCGAUUGUUGGCGGUUGUUGGGCGGUUGGCGGACGGUUAGGGGCGUGCGGCGGGCGGGCGACACGCGGCGCACCGUUAAUCAAUCGCGGAGCGUGGGACGGAGCCGCGUGCGCAGGCGGACGUGCCGGCCGAGCAGCGCCGCCGCGCAUUCACAACCGCCGCUGUGGGAAAGGCUCCGUUUCGAGGUACCAACUGUUGUUCGGUCCCGCUGUCCGACUCCCGGCGAACGUUCGCUCUUCGUGACCACACUCGCCCGCGAGCGGAGCGGCAGGCGCGAAAUACGAAACAAUGGCGCUUUACAAUACAAUGAGCGCGAUCUGAAAUGCGUAGCGUCGGCGACAUUCCCGUCACGAGCGCGCGCUUGCCUUUUUCGACUGUUCGCUCGGGGCGGGUGCCGAUCGCGGGCCGACCUCUCUCCUUAU